CUUACGCUGAAUUUUGAGAUCUCCUGUUAAAUAUUUUCAAUCAAAACAGGAAAUGUUGGACGUUGAUAAUUUUUUAAAAAGACGUACUGAAAAACUGAAUAUAGUAACACUUAUUUUGCAUUUUCUUGAAUCGUUAUCCCCAAAAUGGAGUUUAAAAUGGCCUGAUGAUUUAUCUAGUAUAUUUAUUCAACUGUAUUUAAUCGUAAGGCAACACGUUCCGGUUUCCGCAACAUAUUCUGAGUGUGUUAGUAAUAAUGUACUCAAAAUCAGUUUUCAUACAAUCUUAUUAUUUUGUGAGCUUUAUACUGACAAAUGGUUAUUUACUAACAACUUGGCCUCACCACAUUUCACCUUAAACACAACAGGAAUUGGCUUACCUGCGGCAGACUUAGGCUGUGUACUUUUUCAUAAUACCUGGAUGGAUGUACAGGACCAAAAAAAUAUUAAAUUUUUAGUUAGACUAUUAUGGUUGAAGGCGAACCUUUUUUUAUAUCAAGGUGAACCGAAGAAUUCUUUGUGCACACUUGAACUGGAAUGGACACCUAGAAUAUCUCUACAGCCUAGUUCAAAGAAUGCCACAAAGCAGCCAUUAGCUGAGCCGUGUUACAUUCUUCUGCCUCCUUUACAUAUUAAAUUAGAAUUGAUAAAACAGUUUGUUAAGGCUCUAGACAAGGAAUGUCAGUUCUUUGGAUAUAUCAAGCGUGCUUUCCCUAAGUUGUCGGAUGCUCAAGACCAACAAGGUAUAUUUAAUAGACCACAGACCAGUACUUUAUUGAGAGAUAAAAUUUUUGCUACUAUUAUGACUGCUACUAAAAAAGCAGCAUAUCUUGGUUUCAAAGAUGUCGUGGAAAAUUUCCUUGGAACCAUUAAGAGUUAA